GCACUGGCUCCUGUGGCUCAGAGAAUAGACUUUGAAGCAGCUCUGCUUGUGAACAAGUCUCUCCAUGGCCUAGCACUAAAGUACAUCUCCCACAUGUUAGUGCCAUAUGAACCAUCUUACACUCUGAGGACUUCAGAGACCAGCCUCCUGUCCCAGAGUCAGGACUAAACAUGGGGAAUCAGCGUUUCAGUUUUAUGCAGCUAAAACCCGGAACAGUCCUCCUGAAAAUGCCACACACGUCUCCAGAAUCGGCCAUCUCCACAUUCCGGUCCAUCAGUGCAGUCCGUCACUUUAAGAGUCUGGUCCAGAGAACAUGUUUGCGUUACUCCAGGAACCCCAGACCCUCCAGAUCUGUCUUCCACUUCAUCCUGGCCCCUGCCCUCCUCACUGUCUCCGGGCGAAUGUUUUGUAAAGUUGCAUUUUGUGAAGCGGACGUCAACAACAACAUACUAACAACGCAGACUGAAGACACUCCUGAGUUUAAUUGGUAUCUCCUCUGGGAGUUUGUUAAACCUGAACUCAUCGCUCUGAUUGGUGCUGUUGUGUUUGCUUUCGGCGCUGCUAUCCUUAAUAUUCAGAUCCCGCUGAUGCUCGGGGAUUUGGUGAAUGUGGUGGCGCGUUAUCUCCGAGAACAAGCCGGAAACUACAUCCAUGAGAUAAGAGUCCCCGCUCUGAAGCUGCUGGGGCUCUACGGGCUGCAGGGCCUGCUCACCAGCAGUUACAUCAUACUGCUGUCGCGGGUCGGUGAGCGAGUGGCAGCCAACAUGAGGAAGACUUUGUUCUCAUCUCUACUCAGGCAGGAUGUGGCUUUCUUCGAUGCCAAUAAAACUGGGCAGCUGGUGAACCGUCUGACCGCUGAUAUUCAAGAAUUUAAGUCGUCCUUCAAAUUGGUCAUAUCUCAGGGCUUAAGGAGUGUGACGCAGACGCUCGGCUGCUUCGUUUCUCUCUACCUCAUCUCUCCCAAACUCACAGGACUCACUGUGGUGGUUUUGCCCUGUUUAGUUGGGGGAGGGGCACUGAUUGGCUCACUGCUGCGGAAACUGUCCAGAGCCGCCCAAGAACAAGUCGCUAAAGCCACAGGUGUCGCAGACGAAGCUCUCGGAAACGUCCGCACAGUGAAGGCGUUUGCGAUGGAAGACCGGGAGCUUCAAUUAUAUUCCCACGAAGUCGACAAAUCCUGCGAAAUGAACGAAACACUCGGAAACGGAAUUGCCGUUUUUCAGGGCCUGUCGAAUAUCGCACUGAACUGCAUUGUACUGGGAACUAUUUUUGCUGGAGGGACGUUAAUAUCCAGUAAUGAAAUGUCCCCCGGAAACUUGAUGUCGUUCCUGGUGGCUUCACAGACAGUACAGAGGUCACUGGCGAGUAUUUCUAUCCUGUUUGGGCAGGUUGUGAGGGGGAUGAGUUCAGGCGCUCGGGUUUUUGAGUACCUUGUUUUGCAGCCCACUAUUCCAGUCAGUGUGGGGGGUCGCAUCCCUUAUCACUCACUCAUCGGGAGAGUGGACUUCAUGAACGUGUCUUUUAGUUACCCAACCAGACCUGGCCAUCAGAUUUUAAAGAAGCUGAACCUGACGCUGCCUCCAUGUAAAACAGUUGCCAUAGUUGGAGAAUCAGGCGGAGGUAAAUCCACCGUGGCUUCCUUACUCGAGCGCUUCUACGACCCCAACAGCGGAGUAGUAAUGUUGGACGGACUGGACAUACGGACUCUGGACCUGUCCUGGCUCAGGGGUCAGGUCAUCGGCUUUAUUAACCAGGAGCCGGUGCUGUUUGGAUCUUCUAUCAUGGAGAACAUCCGGUUUGGGAAGCCCGAGGCCUCAGACGCUGAGGUCGUUAAUGCCGCCAAACAGGCCAACGCUCAUGGGUUUGUGAUGAGCUUCCCAGAUGGAUAUAACACAGUAGUAGGGGAGCGAGGGGUGACUUUAUCUGGGGGUCAGAAGCAGCGUAUAGCCAUAGCUCGAGCGCUCAUUAAGAACCCCAGUAUCCUAGUUCUGGACGAGGCCACCAGUGCUUUGGACGCAGAGUCAGAGAGAGUGGUCCAGGAGGCGCUGGACCGAGCCACAAGGGGGCGCACCGUCCUCAUCAUUGCACACAGGCUCAGCACCAUCCAAGGAGCCGACCUCAUAUGUGUGAUGAGCAACGGCCGGAUAGUAGAGGCUGGGACUCACGUGGAACUACUGAGCAAAGGAGGACUCUAUGCCGAUCUGAUCCGCAGGCAAAGAGCCGAGGAGCAGACAUGAACACCCUCAUGGCUUUAUAGAGAGGGUCUAUGAGAGACGUGUGUGUGUCUGUAUGUGUUUGUGUGUGCAGAGGGAAGCUUAUUUAAGAAUGUGUUUGUUUAGGAAAAUGAAAAUGGAAAGUCUGUGAGAUGAGUAGAAUGGACCAAUGACAACAACAACAACACUAUUUUAAAGUCUUAAAGGAAAAAAAAAAAAUUUUAAGUCAUGUUUUGUUCUAGAAAACAAUGUUAAUAAAGAGGUUGAUAUAUUAG